UCCCUUCCUCCUCGUUGCCAGCGGCCGCAGAUCGGCACGACGGCGACGGCGACGGCGGCGGCGCGCGAGCGAUGAGCCUGAAGCACCCGCACUCGCAGAUGCUGGACGGGGAGCCGCCUCCGCCGCCGCCGAACCGCCGGCCCCGCGGCUUCGGAUCCCCAUCCCCAGCCCCCGCCGCGGGCGACCCAUCCCCCUCCCCCUCCCCCUCACCCGCGGCGCCUCCUCCUCCGCCUCCGCCUCCUCGCCGGCGCGGCGGCGAGAGGGAGCGGGAGAGGGAGAAGGAGCGGACGAAGCUGCGGGAGCGGCACCGCCGGGCCAUCACCAGCCGCAUGCUGGCCGGCCUGCGGCAGCACGGCAACUUCCCCCUCCCCGCACGCGCCGACAUGAACGACGUCCUCGCCGCCCUCGCGCGCGCCGCCGGUUGGACAGUCCACCCCGAUGGCACCACCUUCCGCUCCUCGCCGCAACCCCUCCCCCCUCCCCCUGCCCCAUUGCCAGGGAUUUUUCAUGUCAAUUCUGUUGAAACCCCAUCGUUUACUAGUGUUCUGAACAGCUAUGCCAUCGGGACGCCAUUAGAUUCGCAGGCUUCUAUGCUACAAACAGAUGAUAGUUUAUCGCCAUCAUCGUUGGACUCGGUUGUUGUGGCAGAGCAGAGCAUAAAAAAUGAGACGUAUGGUACUUCAGAUUCUGUCAGCUCUCUGAAUUGUUUGGAAAAUGGCCAGCUGAUAAAAGCAUCAGCAGCACUGGCAGGUGAUUACACCAGAACUCCAUAUAUACCAGUAUAUGCUUCUCUGCCUAUGGGCAUUAUCAAUAGUCACUGCCAAUUGAUUGAUCCGGACGGCAUACGUGCAGAACUAAUGCAUCUGAAAUCUUUGAAUGUUGAUGGAGUUGUUGUUGACUGUUGGUGGGGGAUAGUGGAAGCCUGGACUCCUCACAAGUACGAUUGGUCUGGUUACAGGGACCUUUUUGGUAUCAUUAAAGAAUUCAAGCUAAAAGUUCAGGUUGUAUUGUCAUUCCAUGGGUCUGGGGAAACUGGAUCUAGUGGUGUCUCUCUUCCAAAAUGGAUCAUGGAAAUUGCACAAGACAACCAAGAUAUAUUCUUUACUGAUCGAGAAGGUAGGAGAAGUACAGAAUGCCUUUCCUGGGGAAUUGACAAAGAGCGAGUCCUUCAUGGGAGAACUGGCAUUGAGGCGUAUUUUGAUUUCAUGAGGAGCUUUCAUAUAGAAUUCAGAAACCUGACCGAAGAGGGCCUUAUUUCUGCUAUUGAAAUUGGAUUGGGUGUUUCUGGAGAGCUAAGAUACCCUUCAUGUCCAGAAAGAAUGGGUUGGAGAUAUCCUGGUAUUGGUGAGUUUCAGUGUUAUGACAGGUAUCUGCAAAAGAACCUAAGGCAGGCAGCCUUGUCACGGGGGCAUCUGUUUUGGGCCCGUGGACCUGAUAAUGCUGGAUAUUAUAAUUCAAGACCACAUGAGACUGGCUUUUUUUGUGAUGGAGGUGACUAUGACAGCUACUAUGGACGCUUUUUCCUUAACUGGUAUUCUGGAAUCCUCAUAGAUCAUGUGGAUCAGGUGCUAUCGCUUGCUACACUCGCAUUUGAUGGAGUGGAAACUGUUGUGAAGAUUCCAUCAAUCCAUUGGUGGUACAGAACUGCAAGCCAUGCUGCGGAGCUUACAGCAGGAUUCUACAACCCUACAAAUAGAGACGGAUAUUCGCCAGUGUUCAGAAUGCUCAAGAAGCAUUCCGUAAUUCUAAAGUUCGUUUGUUAUCAACCAGAAUUUUCAGUUCAGGAGAACAAUGAAGCAUUUGGUGAUCCAGAAGGCUUAACAUGGCAGGUUAUGAAUGCAGCAUGGGAUCAUGGGUUAUCCGUAAGUAUAGAGAGUGUUCUUCCAUGUAUUGAUGGUGAGAUGUACUCACAGAUCCUCGACACAGCGAAGCCUAGGAAUGAUCCUGACCGUCACCAUGUCUCUUUCUUUGCAUACCGUCAGCUACCUCCAUUCCUUUUGCAGAGAGACGUUUGCUUUUCGGAACUUGACAACUUUGUCAAGUGUAUGCACGGGGAGGCUACCCAGAUCAUGGAAGGCUGAUCUCUCUUGGCGUUAUAUGCACAUAAAUUUCGAUUUCUGGACAGGAUUAAAGAAGGGAGCUUGGUUUGGAUGUCAGAAACCAUCGGUGCCCGCGGCAAAUAUGCUGCGUGGUGGUUGUGCUGUUGUUGUGGGUUUUAGAGUGGCCUAAAGCAGGAUAUUUUUUUGAUGCAAAAGGUGGGAGAGACUAUCUUAUAACCAUCUGUAUCUUUAUGUAUAUUAAUUGGAGGCUUUUCGAAAAGCCAGCACAUUAAUCCUUUGACCUAAAAGGGACUAGAAAUUUCCAUGUAAAUCGAAAAAUAUAGAAAUUCUCACAAUCUAAAAAAGAGAAUCUUGAUCA